UUAAAUUUUUAACGCAUAUGCUUUUUAAUCGCGGGCGCUGUCAUCGAUAGAUUCAAGAUGGCUAUGAUGCAUUGCGGAAAAGAAAAUUUGAAACGUUUAAACAAUAAUUUUUAACAUUAUAUAAUAUUAAGUUAAUUGCACAAAAUUUAAUUAAUUAGAGUGAAAUAUAUAACAUUAAAUUUUCUCACUAAUGCUGAGAAUAUCAUACUAAUAGAACGAAAAUUAAAAUGGCAUUUUUUAAAGAGAGUUGAUUUCAGGAAGAACCUCCGAUGUCAGCGGGGAGGAUGAUUUUCUUAGUUUUGUGGCGAUUUCGCCAGUAACCAAGGUGAAUUGAAUAGUUUGCAAUUUGAAUUUCAAAUAUGACUUCUCCUUUAAAUCGAAAACGAAGCUCUUCUGUUAGUUUUACAAGAGCUAAGAAUGAUAGUGAAGAUACUGCAGAUGAAAUUCAUAUAUCUUUAGCUCCAUAUAUACAAACAUACUUGGCACAUAGUGGACAAGGACUUGGAUGUUGUGGAAUUAGCCUUCCAGUACCAUUUGAACGUGCAGCACCAAGAUCUUGGUGGAAUCCCAGAUUUGAUUCAGAAAUAUUAGAAGAACAAUUUAAAAGAAGUGCCUUUCCACAAAUUAGAUUAAGAUUCCGAUAUGCUCUAAAAUAUAUCUUACUGGUUUCUUUAUCAUGGUUGGUAUAUUUUGUUAUAAUUGGAACAGAAUACAAUACUACAACAUGGCCAGCCAUAGUAACAGUUUUUAUUAUUGUUGGAAUAAUGGUAACAGCAGUUUUGUAUCUAACAUAUACAGAUUAUUAUAAAAGUUAUGUGUUACCAAUUUCAUUAGGAGUUGCAUCUAUACUUUGCAUUUUAUCUUUACUUUUUCUUACAUUAGUACCACCUUAUAUAGAUGGCUUAACUCUAGUCGGACAUUUUGCACUAUGUUCUGAGAUUUUGUUAUUGAUAUAUACUGUCUUACCAAUGCCACUAUAUGCUUGUGUGGGAAUAUCAAUGGUUUAUUCUUUUCUUUUUGAAUUUUUGACUGCUUAUUUAUAUGGUACAAAAAAUGCAAGAGAAAAAUUUUUUAGUGAAAAUUUUUUACUAAAUACUUCAAAAGAAAGUAAUGCCACAAUAAAUUAUAAUAGAAUAUCAGCAGCUAUGUACUCUUCUUUGAAAAAUUUUACUAACAGUCAAUUUUCUAAUGUGAUGCACGAUAACAACGAAUCUACAACUGCAAAUGUAAAAAUAAUAUCAUAUUCACAAGAUCCGAAAAUGUUAUCUGCUUUUGGAAUGAAAUCAAAUCAAGAAAAUAUAAUUGAAAAGAUAUCUGGCGUUUUGAAUGAUACAAAUGUUUUUAAAAAUUUAAAUUCUACUAUGAUGUCAACUACUAUUAACUCCACUAUGAAUGCUUCAUCUAAUAAUUUAAUCUCCAAAGGUAUAAACAAUAUAACUUCAAUAUUUAAAGAAAAUAUAUUAACUCAUAAAAAUGAUGACAUGUCAAACUAUUUCUUAAGUAGCAACAUAUCUAAUCAAUCAUUUUCGGAUGAUUAUUUUUCUACGAGUCUUGGAAUAAGAAUCUUAAUGCAGAUCUGCAUUCAUCUGAUAGGUAUACAUAUUUUAAUAAUGACUUUUGUAAGAAUGCGUGGUACAUUUAUGAAAGUCGGACAAUCGUUAUUAGUUCGGCGUCAACUUGAAAUGGAAAAACAACUUAAAGAGAAAAUGAUUCAUUCAGUAAUGCCGCCUAAAGUCGCAGAUUGGUUAAUGGAAGAAAGAGAAUGCGAAAGAGAACGAGAGGAUUCUUUAAAAAAAGGUUCGAUACCGUCCAAUAAUACAGAUAUUCGCUCAUUGUUUCGACCAUUUAAUAUGCAUUCAAUGGAAAAUGUUAGUAUCUUAUUUGCUGAUAUUGUUGGAUUUACACGAAUGAGUUCAAAUAAGACUGCAGAAGAAUUAGUAGGCAUUUUAAAUGAUCUUUUUGAAAGAUUUGAUGAUUUAUGUGAACAUCAUGGAUGUGAAAAAAUUUCUACAUUAGGAGAUUGUUAUUAUUGUGUAAGUGGAUGUCCAGAACCAAGAUCUGAUCAUGCAAAGUGUUGUAUUGAAAUGGGAUUAGCUAUGAUAGAAGCUAUAAAACAAUUUGAUAUUGAAAGAAGAGAAGGUGUUAAUAUGAGAGUUGGAGUACAUACUGGAACUGUAUUAUGUGGAAUUGUAGGUACUAAAAGAUUUAAAUUCGACGUUUGGUCUAAUGAUGUAACUUUAGCAAAUAAACUAGAAAGCACAGGAAAACCAGGAAGAGUUCAUCUAAGUGAAAAGACUCUGAAUUUUCUCAAUGAUCGAUAUCUUACAGAAGAAGGAGAUUUAAUAAAUGUAUUUUAUAUUACAGGUAUUAAAACUUAUUUUAUUAAAGGUCGAAAAUCAGAUUUUACUAAUCAAUUUAUAAUGAAUAUAACAUCUCCGACAAGUAUAUCGCCUUUGAUGCAAUCGCGUCACCGCGUGGCCUCUUGUAAUAGUCAAUCUAAAUUGAAAUAUCAUUACCUCCAUAUGGUUACUAAUACAAGUAAUUAUAGAAUGAAAGCAAACUCUUUGCCAAGUAUUCUAGAUUCCGAAAACGGAGAUACUGAUAUCACAGAUGAAAAAGAAAAUGCAAAUAAAAGUCCGAUAUCUGUUGCCAGUUAUGGAAAGAAAAAGAUACGAAACAAACCAUGGAAAUAUUUACAACGACAACGAACUACUGAAGAAAUGACACCUCUAGAAAUGGAAGAAGCCAAAGCAAUUAUUGCCGAACAAUCAAAAACUGAAUCUCAAUCAUAUGAAGAUCGUAAUGGAUUUAGGCAGAAUACAUCUCAAAGUGAGAUUGAAAUGGAUCCAAAUCCUGUACCUUCUAGUCCUUUAUUAUCUGGUCAAGAGUCACUUAGUCGUGCCUCUUCUAUGUGCAGUAGGAAAGAUUCGGGAAUUAGAAGUAAUAGCAGACGUAGUAGUAUACAGCAACAGUUAUUUCUAAUGAACGGCAUGGCUCAAGGAGAUUUAUUGGCACAUAGAGUAAGUGGAUAUUAUACUUCUAGUUCGACAUUAAAUUCUGCUCAUGAGCCAUCGUCUUCGGUACCAUAUCCAUUUCCUCCAGCAGUUACAGAUACUUUUGGUGCAUGUUUUCAUAAAUUAAGAAAACAAUCUGAUCUACAAUUAAUUAGGUGCGUUCAAGAUAAUGUAAGUUCUCAACGAUCAUACUUCGUGAAACCGCCACUUUCGAGUUUAACUCUCUUUUUCAAAAAUAAAGAAAUGGAAAAAGAAUACAGAGAAAAUGCUCACAAGGUUAAUGAAUGUAUCAGUGGAAAUCCACCUACUCUGGCUACCUCGAGAUUUAAUACAUAUUUUGAUAUUCUAAUAUCGGCAUUGAUUUACACUGCCGUCACAAUUUCACUCUUUUUACUUUGCGAUCCAACCUUAUAUUAUAUGAUCUUUUUUGUAUGUGCUACUACCAUUCAAAUUAUAGCAGUGUUACUUUGUGUUCGUCAACUCUUAUAUCCAAAUAUGAUUCAUUCAACAUUAAUACAACAAAUAUUUAAAUUUUUUUCACAAUGGUAUCCUUGGCAUAUUUGCGGUGCAAUUUUAGUUGGCUUACCGAUUACGUCUAUUUUUCUUAAUUAUACGUGUAGUAAUUUUCAUAAUUUGAAUAAUUUUGAAUACUAUUAUGGUUAUUUGAUUUUUAUUAGUUUAGUCCAUUUUUGUAAUUUUACACAACUUAAUUGUUGGAUGAAGAAUUUUUUAGUAACAUUUAUGGGUGUAUUAUUUCUUUAUUUUAUAAUGAAUCAUUUGUCAUAUAAUCAAGAAAAUAUCGGUAAUCUAUUUAUUAAUAAGACAUUAAAUUAUUCACAAUUCCCAAUAGAUAAAAAUAUUAUUGAUUUGAUCAGGAAUCAAUCUAAUGAAAGCAUUAUAAAGAAAAUAUUCAAUAAUAUUCCUGAUUUCUUAUUAAAUUCUACAACGAAAAUUGCUCUUAUAAGUCAACAAGAGACAGAAAUUAGAUAUCACGAAAGAUUAUACAAUUCCGAGAUUUUUUUAGAUAUGAUACUUUUACUUCUGUUAGUUUGGUUUUUAAAUCGUGAAUUUGAAAUUAGUUAUCGAUUAAGCUUUCACGGAAAUGCAGUAGCUGCUCGAGAUAAAAGUCGUGUACAAUCUAUGAAAAAUCAAGCUGAUUGGCUUUUACAUAACAUUAUACCAAAAUAUGUUGCUGAUCAAUUAAAAACCACUGCUAAAUAUUCACAAAAUCAUAAAGCUGUGGGAAUCAUUUUUGCAAGCAUAGUAAACUUUAACGAACUUUAUGAUGAGUCUUAUUUGGGUGGCAAAGAAUAUUUGCGUGUGCUUAAUGAACUCAUUGGUGAUUUUGACGAAUUAUUAGAAAAACCGGAAUUUUCAAAUGUAGAAAAGAUAAAAACUAUUGGUAGCACAUUCAUGGCAGCAAGUGGUUUAAAUCCACAAGUUAGACAACAAAAUGAACAUGAAUAUAAGCAUCUGUUUCAAUUAAUAGAUUUUGCUAUGACAUUGCAUAAAGUAAUAAAUGAUUUCAAUCGAGAUUUAUUAGGUUUUAAAUUAAUUUUGAGAAUUGGCUUUAAUUAUGGCGACGUAACUGCUGGUGUAAUCGGGGCAACGAAGCUAUAUUAUGAUAUCUGGGGUGAUGCUGUAAAUAUAGCAUCUAGAAUGGAUUCGACUGGAGUCGCUGGAAGAAUACAAGUGGCCAAGAACGUUUUAGAUGUUCUUUCAGAACGAUACGAAUUCGAACCACGUGGUCAAGUUUAUGUUAAGGGAAAAGAUAAUAUGGAUGUAUUUUUAUUAAUAGGAAAAAAAGACGAUAUUGAUAUAACAACGAACACUUAAACAUUUUCAGGUCUCUAAUAGUGAUGUUGAUUCUUUAUAAAAUUAAAAUUAAUCGUUUGCACGUUACACUUAUAUCAGGCAUAUGAUCUUUUUGGGAUCAGAUUUCUAGCGAUCUCGUUAAGAAUUACAAAUUUAUGAUAUAAUGUGUCACCAACGUUAUAUACGAUAAAAACGUACCUUAAUUCUUUAAUUGCUCGCUCAUUAAAGAUAUUUAUUCUUAACAAAACAAUUAACUGUAUUUUUUUACGUAAUUUAAGAACAUCAGAUGUGUGUGAGACCUAUCAAAAUCUAUCGUUAUAAAAAGUACAAAAUCAAAUCAAUUUGAAGAAAUCAAAUUUUUUCUUAAUAAUUCUUGCGAAAAAUCUAUCGAGACAAAUAUAAUACGCAUCUUCAUUGUUUGUGUGCUGAAUGAACGAACGUAUGAACGAUGCGAAUGAGCGGAUAAACAUAUAAAAUGACCGAGUUUGGUCGUCGUCAACAGUUCCUAGUAUAAAAUAUGCGACUUAUAUAUUAGAAAACUAUUAUUUCAAAAUAUAAAAAGCUUUCUAAUGUUUUAUUAAUUCUAUCGAUUCAUAUGAGAUUAUAUGGCUUAUUUCAUAUCAUUAAUUAAUCAGAUUUAUUUAUAUUACAAUUUAAACAUGAAAAUAUCAAAUUAUUUGUGAAAUAGUAAAUAAUAUUAUAAUAAAAUGCUUCAAAUUUCAAAACUUUUUUUAAGACUUUGGUCGAAAAAUUAUGGUGAAGUUUCUAUAUUUAUUCUAAUUAAAAAUAAUUAUUCAAUAUUGUUUUUCAUUAAUUUUUCGCAUAAUACAUGUAAGAAUUCUGUUUUAAGGUUACUAAAAUUCUCGAAAAUUUAGUACUCAAUAAUUCCAUGCAAAACUUGUUAGAUACAAAAGAAAUAAAUUUAUUGAUAUAUCAUAUUUUAACAUUGUUUUAGAAUUUAUUGCAUGGAUUAUCAAUUUUAUUAAUAAUAAAAUCGUAGUUUAUAAAUUAGCAUUCCGUUAUUUUUUUAAUCUAAUAUUCUGUUUUAUUUUCAUUUUUUUAAAAUAUCGAUAAAAAGCUACAUAAGAUGAUAUAAAAAUAAUGAAAUAUUUUUUGGCAUUUUACUGCAAUUGUACUUUAGACAAUUUUUAGAAGUUCAAUACAUGAAAAUCAUUUAAUAUUCAUUUUUAUAAACGCAUACAUAUAUACAUACAAAAUAUGUUUUGAACUUUGACAUUGUCUUAUUCGUACUUAUGUUGAAAUAUAUCAAUAGAUUUUGAAAUCUUUUUGGAAAUAGUUACAAAUAUAAGCAAAUAAAAAGAGUAUUGAUAGGAAAAGUAUUUUAAUUUCAAUAUUAUCUUAAUGUGCAUAUUGUCGCGUAUUUUAAAUAAAAAUUGUUAAACUUUAACGCGUAACUAGUUUAACUAGUAAUAAAAUUUGAAGUUUAUUAAAAACUUGUACUUUAUUAUGGUAAUCUCGAUAGUAUUUUGUUGCAAAAUAUAGUUAUUUAUGAAUUUUAUUUUAGAACACAUGUGAUGUUAAUAUGAUAGGCAAAUUGAUUGUAUAUAUAACAUGAUAUAAUUUAAUAUUAAAUUUUAGUAUUUGAAUUAUCAUUUAAAUACAAUUAAUAAAAGACACUGGUAUUAUUUAAAUUUUUUCUAUACCUAGUGUAAUAAAUCUUUUAAAUAGCACAGUUUUUAUCAUGUAAUACUACAUACAAAUUCUGUGCUAUAUUAUAUUAUUUUUAAAUCCAUGAUGAUUGUCAUGUAUUAAAUGAUUAUUAAUAUCUACAAUUUCAUGUAAAGUAUUGUCACUAUUUGAUAUAUAAUGGCAAUUGUGUAAAGUACUAAUUCAUUUUUAUAUGAUAGUUACAAUGUGCUACAUUAUUCACAAUAAUAAAAUAAAAUAAUUAAAAAGAAGUAACAACAAAACAUAGAAAUAUUACGUUUGAUUUACAUAUAAGUAUCUAAAAUGCUAUUUAAUUUAAAUUUUUGUAAAUUUUAAAUGAUAAACAAAAAUUGCAUUUAAUGGGAAUAAUAUGACCCAAACAUAUUUAAUAUUAAAUAUUUUAAAAAAGCUUAUUUUAUAUGUUUUCAAAAUGCCCAAAUAAAAUUUUUACAACUAAAUUCGUAUGAAACAUACAAUAUGAAACAAUAUUUUUUAAAUAUUUUUUAAAAAGUGCUGAGAAAUGGACACAUUUUUCUCUUGAUUAAAAACAAUUAUAAUCAAUUCGAAUACAAAUAUUUGUACCAAAUCGUAAAAUUGUUUUAUAUAAAUCAACAAUCUUUAUAUUAUACAUUAGCGAAAUAUUGUUUACAAAAACUGUAUUACACAUCGCGUUGAAAAUCAUUGUUUUACAUUGUUACAAAAGAUUUUAUGUAAAUCCAAAGAAAUAGUAAUAAAUGCAUAAGACUUAA